AUGAAGUUUGAUCUACCGCUACUGGAUUACAAGACAAGAUUUGCGCUGUGGCAAGUCAAGAUGCGGGCGAUUCUGGCACAAUCUUUGGAUCUUGAUGAGGCGCUAGAUAGUUUCAGAGGCAAAGGGCAGAAGUCAUGGAUCGCUGAAGAGAAGCGGAAGGAUCGAGACGUUCUUGUUGUUUUUGCUGGUUGUGUUGCUGGUCGUGAUGAAUGGAUACUUGAUUCUGCAUGCUCAUUUCAUAUAUGCUCUAACAGAGAUUGGUUCAGUUCUUACGAGUCUGCGCAGAGUGGAGAUGUCGUGUGUAUGAAAGAUAACAACCCAUGUGAGAUCGUGGGCAUUGGCUCCAUUCAGAUCAAGAUGCAUGAUGGCAUGAUCCGCACACUGAAAGAUAUGAGACACAUACCAGGGAUGGCCAGAAAAUCUUAUCUCCCUCAUCACACUUGA